AUGCGAGAACAACAAUCGCGUGCUACUCAAGAACGUCAUGAAAGAAAAUUGAACGAAUUAUUGAAACUUCCUGGGAAUGAUAAAUGUGCAGACUGCAAUGCCAAAAAUCCACGUUGGUCAUCGUAUUCUUUGGGUAUAUUUUUAUGUAUUCGUUGUGCAAGUCUUCACCGAAAAAUGGGAACUCAUGUGUCAAAGGUGAAAUCGCUUAGUAUGGAUACUUGGUCUGUUGAACAAAUCGAGUAUUUACGUCAAAGUGGUGGUAAUAAUAAAGUCAAUCAUCAAGUCAAUCCUUAUCCUGAAAAACACCCAUUACCUCUAAACUUUAAAGACGAUGAAUUGUAA